AGCCUGAACACCGGCAGUAGUUCCUAGAAUAAAGAAAUCUCCCAGCCAUGUCUUUCAUGUAUUCUGCAGUAGUUGUUUAUUUUGCAUUUUGCUCGAAAUUUUCCGUGGCGAUAAGUUGUGACUUUGAUGGGACAAAUACUGCUGCUGAUUUUAACGACACUAAAUUCCUUGGAACAUGGCAUGAACUAGAAAGAACAACAUUUCAAUGGGGAGAAAAUACGUGGCAUUCUCAGGUCUGGGUUUUCAAACGAGGUGCCGACGGCCAUCUUUAUAUGGCAUAUACAGGAUAUUCCGCCCAGAGCAAGUCAUGUAGCAGCCCCCAGACUGGACUUCUGACGCAUUCAGGUUCUGGGGCAUCUUAUACCAUGAUGUCAGAGGGCCGGUAUGAAGCUGCAUUGCGAGUGGCUUACACAGACUACUCAAACGUUGCUCUAGUAUACAUGUGUUAUGCGCCGGAAGUGCUUGGAACUUGUGACAGAAAUCGUGUGCACGUGUCUUUACUUUCCCGUUCGCCCUCCAUGUCCAAAGCUCAGAGGACAAUCUUAAUGAGUCACAUAGAUCUAGACUGUGUGGAAAACGGACACCUUCACCAAGCCACAGCUGGACUAUGCCAGGAACCUAUUCCAUCGAUUCCACUUGGAAAGUAAAUGAAACUCAUGUACGCUAAAUAUUCAAACACUUGCUAUGAUUCAUCAACAAGUUAUGCAACUGUUAUAUGGGCUAUUUUGUACGAAUAAAAGAAAAACUUGUACGAUA